AUUCUCGUACCUGCGUCACUAUCGAAGACCGAAGUAUCGAAUAUUGCGCGAUCAUGAUUCAUGAUCUUUUCUACGUCGUGCCCGAGGUUUAUAGAUUAUAAUUUAUAAGCCUUUCGUCGUGCCAUCGUGGGUAGAGUUGUAUCAGUUGUAUAUAGUAUAUAGGUACCGACGUGAACCACGACUGCAACUACACUAUCAAACUUGUACGUCUAGUAGGUGUUUAGUAUCAGCUAGAAGGUUAUACUAUUAUAGCAGGGCUAUUCGUGGUAGUCAGCAACACGUGGAUAAAUGUGUGUUUUUUACAUUUUUUUUUCUUAUUGGCAGCAAAUUUUAUGGAUAAUAUAUAUAUCUAUCUCCGUCUCACGGACAGCGGACUAUGAUAUAUUCUAGUCCGUGAUAUUUAUACUAUUAUCACGGAAUAUAACGAUAUUAUAUAAUAUCCAUAAACCUUGGGUAGUCAGCUGUCUACACGUCACAAAGUAAUCAGAAUAAUACUAUUUACUAUUAUAUUAUCAUUUAUCAGUUGUAGUCACUACUCAGUACUCACUACUUCGCUAGUGCAGUAGUGCAACACUGCAACAGUGCAACUGCAAGUUGCAACAAUUCGCAUUUCCGCACUCGGCAUUCAGGCUACAGUUCAUUUUCGAAUCUUUAUCUAUAUAUUGGAUCCUGUUAAUAAGUCUAAAAUUGUUCAACAUUCAAAUGUUGAAUAUGUUACAAUCAGAUUGUCAAGUUAGCUCGAAUUCUGAUGAUAGUUUAGAAGAUUGUCCUAGAAAAAAAACUAAACUAUUAGAUAUAAAUGAACAAUCAUUUGAUGGAGAUAGUUCAAUUGAUAAAAAUAGUCAAAAUUACAAUGAGAUUGAAAUAGAGAAUUAUUUUGAUCUAAAAGACCAAAAUUUGAAUAAAAAUCAGACUGCAUUUUCUGGAGUAUCUGAUGAUGAAGAUUAUAAUAUUAAUAAAUAUGAAGAUAGUGAAAGCGAAGAUUAUGUACCUAUUUCUGAUGGUGAAUUUGAAUUAGAAAAGUAUGUAAUAAAUGAAACAAAUUCUAAGACUAGUGGUAAUGAAAAAACUGAUGAUGAAUCUAUCAAAAAUGUUGGCAGUGAUGCCAAUAAUUAUAUUAAUAAUGAAAAAGGAAUUACUGAAACGUAUACAUCCAUAGGUAUAGAUAAUGAUGAAGUAUAUGAUUUACUAGACAAAGCAUAUAGAGACAAAAAUAAAACCCCUAAUGAACAUAAAAAGAAAACUGUAACUCAAGAUGACUUUAAAGAAUAUGAAAAAAUUGUGUUAGAAGAAGUAUGUAAAAAUCAUUUUGAUAUAUUGCCUGAAAAUUGGAUUGAAGCAACUCAUAAAAGUGGCAUGCCUAUUUAUUUACAUAAGAAAAGUAGAGUUGUAACAUUAUCAAGACCCUAUUUUUUAGGACCAGGUGAUCCCAAGUCACAUUUAGCCCCCUUGUCAGCAAUUAGUUGUUUGCAAUAUCAAAAAGGUCUUGAGAAUAAAGAAAUUAUAAAAAAUGAACCUGAUUUUCAGGUUAGUAAACUUGGAGAUAUGAUUAUACCAAAUGCCAAAGUCGAGACUGCACAAGAAAAUAUUAUUAAAGAAUCUUUAACACAUGCAGAAUUGCGGGAAUAUUGUCAAUCACUAUUUAAGUUUAAGAUUAAAAAUGUAGAAUCUCCUUGUGAAAAGCUGAAAGAAGAAUAUAUAAAAACAGAACUUUCCAGUGCUACACUAAACAAUACCAAAGAAAGACCUUCACUUCCAGAUAGUACUAAACUGAUAUCAUUUCCAGUUCAAACUGAAGACCACGAUAAGCGAUGUAAUCGUCGUCGUGAAUGGAUAAUGAAUCCCAAUGGUAAAAGUUAUGUGAGCAUAUUACAUGAAUAUUUACAACAAGCAUUGAAAACCCAACCUUGGUAUGAGUUUAAAGAACUUGAAAAUACAGAAACACCUUAUUCUGCUACUGUAGUGCUUAAUGAUGUCCAGUAUGGUGUUGGUGUGGGUAAUAGUAAGAAACAAGCAAAACUUAAUGCUGCCCAAGCCACCUUAGAUAUACUCAUACCUGAGAUGAAAACUAAAAUAGAUUCAGAUAUCAAAAACCAACGUGAUCCAGUAAUAUUUGACCAAAUUAAAGUUACUGACCCUAGAAUUACUGAAUUCUGUGCUAAAACCACAGAACCUAGUCCAUAUGCUAUGUUAUUAGUGUGUUUACAAAGGAAUUUUGGUGAAUGUGAAAUAGGUAUUGAAUAUAAAUUAAACAAUCGUCGUAGGAUGUUAAACCAAUGCACAAUGAUGGUCGGUAAACACACGGCUUCCGUUGCUUGUAAAAAUAAAAGGGAUGGUAAACAAAAAGCUUCUCAAGUAAUACUGGGUUUAUUACAUCCACACAUCGAUAAUUGGGGAUCGUUGUUACGACUUUAUGGUAACCGGAGCAUUAAGAAUGCUAAAGAAAAGAAACAAGAAGAGCAAGAAAUCACCCAGCUCCAAAGUAAAGCUGCAGUAAAUCAACCCAAUUUUGCUAUAUUGAAUAAACUUAAAGAAGAAAUGUUAAAAAUUAGGGACCAGAGAAAAUUAAAAGAAACUAACGAAAUGUUAGGACUACCACAGACAAUGCUUGGUACAACAUGUCCAUAUACCAUAGCGAUUCCAUCAUCAUCGACAAGUCCUACUAACAAAUAAUUUUGACUGGUUUAUUGUUGUUAUUCAUGUUAUUGAUGUUCAAUUGUAUUAACAUUUAAUUCAAAUGUUUUGUUCCUAAAAUUAAUGUCUGAUAGUAAUUAAUACUAGUGUAUUAUUUAGGUAUUGACCUAUACUAUAAUGUCUUAGGUUAGUGUUGAUUUAAAACUUAAUUUAUAAGUUCAAUAUUUAUAAAAAAUUGUAAAUAAAUAAUAUAUAUUUGAAA